GAUAAAUGAUAGAUGGAUGACACAAAUACAAUCCACAAAAUAUUCGAAUUCGAAGUUGCUUCUUGUGUUGUGCGAUCGCAGUAAUAAAUAUUUAAAAUUAUAGAGAGGAGAGGACUUUUUAAUGGUCUGAUAAAAAAGAAAAUUAAAUUUUGUAAAUCUCAGCCUAAGAAGUUAAAUCGAAGUUUAAAAAAUAUAAUCACAAUUUAUACAAACUCUACUCCAAAAUGUCUGUAUGUAAAAGUGGUGAUCAUAAAUUGGAUAGCGUAGUCAACGGUUGGCUUGAACGUGACAAGAACUCAAAAACACGUCAGGAGGUAGAAGAAGACAUACUGAAUGAACAAUGGGACAAGCUCAGAAAGACAAUGCUCCACAGACAGAAGUUUGGCACAGCAGGUCUCCGUGGCCGCAUGGGGGCAGGUUACAUGUGUAUGAAUGAUGUUGUUAUUCUUCAGACAGCCCAGGGUUUAUGUUCUUAUCUAAAAGAGGUGUGCAGCCAAAGCAAACUGGAUCAUGGUGUUGUUGUUGGCUUUGACGGCCGGUACAAUAGCAAGAGAUUUGCAGAACUUACGGCGAAAGUGUUCGUGUCUGCGGCUAUUCCUGUACAUCUGUUCUCUUCAGAGUGCCACACGCCGCUUGUGUCGUUUGGAACGGUUCUGUACGACGCGUGCGCAGGUGUUAUGGUCACCGCGUCUCACAAUCCUAAGGAAGACAAUGGAUAUAAAGUCUAUUGGGGGAACGGAUCACAAAUCAUCUCGCCGCAUGACGAUCUUGUUCUGGAAGAGAUAUUGCGAUGCUUGGACAUACCAGACGAGCACUGGGACAUCGAUGGAAUUCGAACCCACCCACUGGUGACCGAUUGCCUCCAGGAAGUAACCACUAAGUACAUGCAGUACAUCCGCGAAUCAUUGCAGCAGAAAAUUCUCGAACAAAACAAAAUGGCCGCCAUUGACACUGUGUACAGCGCUAUGCACGGAGUCGGACAUGAAUAUAUUGUGAAAGCUUUCAAAGCAGCUAAUUUAAAGCCACCAAUAAGUGUGCCGCAACAGCAAGAUCCAAAUCCUGAUUUCCCAACAGUGAAGUUCCCUAAUCCUGAAGAGCCAGAAUGUUUGGAACUGAGCAAAAGGUUGGCCGAGGAGACUGGAACCAAAUUGGUACUUGUCAAUGAUCCUGAUGCGGAUAGGCUGGCUGUCGCUGAGUACGAUAAGGCAUCUAAACAAUGGAAAGUAUUCACGGGCAACGAAAUGGGUGCUCUUUUAGGGUGGUGGAUGUUAGAGCAGCACUCGCAGAGAGGGACGGACGAUGACGUGUAUGUGAUCGCCAGCAUCGUCAGCUCCAGCAUGCUGCGGAGCAUCGUCAAGGGCAGGGGACAGUUUGUGGAGACGCUCACCGGGUUCAAAUGGAUGGGCAACACAUCUCUUUUGCUGCUGCAGCAAGACAAGUUGCCGUUGUUCGCGUUCGAGGAGGCCAUCGGCUACAUGUGCAGCGCGCGGUUGCCUGACAAGGACGGUGUUUCGGCUGCCGUACAGGUGGCAUCAUUAGCAUCGCAUCUGUAUAGCAAAGGUUCUUCACUUUUGGAUCAGUUGGAUGAUCUGUACCGACAGUACGGGUACCACGUGACUCACAACGCGUACUACAUCUGCCACGACCCGCCCACUAUUCAGAAGAUAUUCAGGAGAUUCAGAAACUAUGAUGGAGUAGGCCAAUACCCCAAAAAAGUUGGAUCCUGCAAUAUUUCAUACAUCAACGACUUCACAACGGGCGUCAAAGUCCCAGAGAAUGUUGAUAGAGAAACACAUCUCAACGUAAUAGGAACUGGACUUGACCAGGAUUACAGCAGCGGCGAGAUGAUAAUGUUCCGCUGCGACAACGGCUUGCGGGUCACCGUGCGCACCAGCGGCACAGAGCCCAAGCUCAAGUACUACACAGAGCUGGUGUGCCGGGCCUCCACUAGAAGUGAACAAGAAAAAAUGAAAUCCAAAUUAGUAGAGAUGGUUCAAGAAUUCGUGAACGAGUUGCUUCAGCCCGAGGAAAAUGGUCUACUUGGGUAAACCUAGUUUUAAAUGUAGCGCCAAUUAGCUUUUCGUCCCUUUCGCUCUUAAAAAUUACCACUUUCGAAAUAUGGGCGAGACAAAAUUUUAUAUGCACGAGUAAGAUAGCUAUAGAUAUAAGUCAAUGUUCGCUAUUGACGUACUAUUUGGUGCUUGACAUUGAAUAAUCUUAUAAUUAUCGCGGUAAAUAUUUAGGUUUUAUUUUCUACGUCUACAAACGUCAAUAGAUAAUUUUUACGUUAAUUUGUGCGCACAAACUAAGUACAAAUAUAAUGUUUAAAGAGUAGUAGAGUGAGUCUACCGAACAACUUUGCCUUCUUAAUAUUUAGAGAAAGAUAGGUUAAUAAAAUCUAUCUUGGUGUAUAGUAUAACGUAUGAACCUGACUAUAACGUAUGAAGGAACGGUAAUGACUGUAUAAAUUGAUUAUGUGCAGUCGUUAGAUUUGCUUAUCAGUUUCUCUUAUUUGGGCGCCUCAAAGAAGGAAAAUAAUUAAAUUCACCAUUGUAUAAAGUUUGUAGCAGAACAACAUAAGACAACAUGGGAGGACCAAAGAAUUAUGAAUCGCAUUCCAGACUGUGAUAAGUACCUACUUAGUUCAAUUGAAAAAUCGUGGAACAUUGUGAUAGUUGCUAGAAAAUGACGUGAAUAUCUAAAAUUUCGACCUUAUUUAAGGUCUGAUUCUGUUGUAUACAGAACAUUAUCUUAUAAAGUCCUUUUUAACAAUGUCUUUAAUUGUGUGUGUAAAUUGCUUCUUAUAGGACACUAGCGUAUGGUUAGAUUCAAUCUUGACAUUUUAUUUUUUCGAUAAAUUAAAACUGAGAAAUCUUGUAUGUAGGUUAAAAUAAUUUAAAAAUCCACGGGUAGGGCACUGCUACACCCAGUGUGAUUACAUGUAUUUUUGGCACUUAAAUAUAUUACUUAGGUAUAUGCCUGCCUUAUAUCCAGUGUACUUAUGUAUUGUGAUUAACAUUCCAAAGAGAUUUUGAUUAAAACUAGAGUUAAAUGAAACCGAGUUACAAUAAAUUAUUAUAGAUAAUGUAGAUUCA